GGUGUUAGGCGUCCUUGACCGACCUACUACUGCACUUCAAGAGGAGAUUGUAUGUAUGUCACGAUCUUCAGAGGAACAGUGAAGUUGGGAAUCCCUCGAAAAGUCAGUAAACGAGCCUCGAGACUAGAACAUUCCAGUUACGAAGUCAGAUAGUGUGUUGUGGUAUUGCGGCAGCCCCGUGACGGCUGCCAUAGGGGGUCAGCUGUUCCCCGACGCACCAAAACAAAGCCAAGAUGAACGCUAACACGCAGGUCCUCGAACUAAAUGUGGAGGGGAGGCAAGUGGAUGAAGCAGUGCUAAGUCUUUUCCACACACUGCUCUUCCAUAGAUCUACAGGAAAAUUCCACUACAAAAAUGAUAACACAUAUGCGGUUGGCACCAUUGGAUUCCAAGAUGUGGACUGUGACUUCAUUGACUUCACAUAUGUGCGAUGUUCCUCAGAGCAGCUAGAUCGAAGCAUCCGCCGUGAAGUUAGUGGCUUCUGUGAAGCCAUCCGGGCACCAGAUGCACCUCCUAGUGGGCAGGUUGCUUUAGAAUUCUACCAACGGAAGCGUGGCAGAUGGCCCUUUGCCACAGAAAGUAUCCCCUGGGAGGUGUGGACCCUCAGAAUUAAUGUGGUCUCCUUGAACAAUGAGCAUGAACGGCAGAUCUGGCGAGAGAAGGUUGGUGAGACCCUUGGUGAGCGCCUCCUUCGCAUCACGGACACACUCAACAGACAUGACUACAUACCCUCCCCGCCCAACCAGUCAGAUAUUGACUACAUCUAUGACACUAACUAUCCUGAUGUCCAGCCAUUUCUUUUUAAGGUAAACUACUCUGUCUCUCCUCCCAGCAAUCCUUCCACCACUACCACUAUCAAGAAACUGCUCAAGGACACCUUAGCACUAUAACAUUGGCUUUGUCCUAGGUUUCUGCAGCAUUUGUGUUUCUGCUGAGAUGUGAAGGUCAGUCAAGUGAGGUUAAUAGGCUGCUGCUGAGUAUGAUGCAUACUUGCAUUGUGUCUAGUGGGUCUUGUGAGAGGUCUUGGGAGUGACCUUAUACAUUGUGUUGGUCACAGAGCAUUGUGAAAUUGUGGUUUUGAGCUGUUUAGCCUUCACCAUAUAUGUGUGGUAUGGAUACAUGAAAAAGGUUUUGGUAAUGAAGGCAUUUUCAUAAAUAUUUUGGGAAAAUAAAGAAGAGAUGUAUGUUAGAAUAUUCUAAAUUUGAGAUUUUUAACAAAGUAGGUUAUAUUUCUGGAAUUACUGGCUUAUAAGACAGUAAUUUUCUAAUUUUAUACCCACAUGUUAAUCCAUCCAUCAAUAUAAACUUGCAGUUAGUGGGUAACUGUGAGUAUCAAAUGAUCAUCUUGGUAUAAUUUCAUCCCUUGCAAGCCCAGCUGAUUGUAGUUUAUGCAGGGGUAGUGGGCAGCAGCUGGUGCUUAAGAGUUGGUUUGAUAUAAGUAUGUAUGUAAAACAAUAUCAUAAUUCAGUCUGGUUCAAAUACAGACAAGAGCAAACAGAAUUCCUGUCGAUAACACAAUUGUUGGGACAUAUGUAGUGAGGAAGUAAAAUGGCUGUGUCAUGAAGAUGACAGUGAGAACCCCUAGAACUGGUAGGAAUGGCCCACUACCACCACCACCACCACCACCACCACCAUCAGCAUAUAUUUUAGUACAAGUUAGGAUGGCAUGCAGUGAUUCAGCAUAGAAUUGCACCAGGAUUCAUUUGAGCAUAAAUCUACAGUUCAUAUCAUCAGGUUGUGUGAAUGUGUGCUUCACAAAUGGCAUGGCUUGUUACCAGUUCCCAUGAGCUGAUGAUGAAAAAUAGAUAAUUUAGCUUUUGAGGAGAAAUUGUGGGAAGAUUCCUUCAUCCCACUUGGGGUAACAUAACAUGCUGAGCAUGGAUUUUUUUUUUUGCUUGUCACAAAGUUUGCUUUACUUUCUGUUCAGAACUAUGAAAUAUUUCUUUUUAACUUGCUGGUAUAUACCUGUUGUGUGGUGAGCCCCAUGAUCCCAGCUCCCACACACCAGGGACAUCCUUACCUCACUUGUUAUUUUACCUCAUAAACAUUGUAAUCGCAUAAAUGGCAAGUUGAAUUAUAGCUUGAUUCCAUUAUUAUAUAAUAAGUAUUUUGAAUAAUACAAGAUCAUACACAACUGUAAGCAUUCAAACACAUACAGUGAGGCCUUGACAUAUGAUGAAAUUAAAAUGUGACAAACAGAUGCCAUUGUUGUCCAUGCUUAGACUUAAUUUUUCAUAUAAUGCAGUAAAAAAUAUAGGCUUUGGCGGCUGAGUGAAGGCAGCACACUGUACUAAAACAAGCAGCUGUGUGAGGUACACAAUUGGUGCUGUGCGUUGUUACAACCAAACAGUGUUACAUUCUUAUGAUGUAAAAUGAAUAAGUAUUC